GUCUGAAGCUGCUUCAGCUGCACACUAACAUAUGGUUUACAGAUUUACGGCUGCGAGGAGCUGCUAACUUAAGUGUAGAGCUGAUCACAUUUAAUCUUAAAAUAAGUGGUGAAUGAUGGACGUGGAAGAUAGUGAAUGUGUUACAUUGUAAAAUGCUUUAUGCUGUUGGAGGGUCACAUGGCUAAGCCGAGCACACAGAGAGAUUCAAUCUGUGCCUCCGAGUUUGAUUUAGGCUGACUUGAUCGUCAAAGUGAGCUGCCGGUGUUACACCGAAAUCUGUGACCCGUCAGAUUUUGUGACCACACAGAUUCUGGCUCACUGUCGACGAACCAAAUGCUGAAAAUGUGCAACAGCCCCUCUGUGUGACUUCAGGGGCGGAGUAUUAACAAAGAUCCUCUAUAUAGAAGAUACCGCAUUACAGGCAGCGCCAAUAGUAUGAAGUGGGAAACAGUUCCAGUCUCCUGAGUGGGCGUAUUGAGAUUGCUAAGACUCAUGGAGCCAAAUACAGACUGGGCCCAGAGCUGGAGAUAUGUGGGUAUGGCUGUGCAGACCACUUCUAUGAGUCGGACACACUGCUCCACAGCUUCCAGGUCCUGAGGAAACUUCUGGAAUCUCCUGUCACCCAGGACAUCAUCUGUGACGUGGGAAUGCCCAUCAUGCAUCAUAAUGUGCGCUACAACUGUAGAGUCCUGUUUCUCAACAGCAUGUUGGCUCCUUCCUGUAGAAAGAUACUGCUGAUUAGACCAAAAAUGCUGAUGGCCAACCACGGGAGCUACAGAGAGUUGCGCUGGUUCUCACCCUGGAAUCAGCUGAGGAAGACGGAGGAAUAUUUCCUGCCCAGAAUGAUCCAGGAGGUGACAGGGCAGGACACAGUCCCAUUCGGUGACUGUGUGCUGUCCACAAAGGACACCUGUAUCGGCACUGAGAUAUGCGCAGAGCUCUGGAACCCUAGAAGCCCCCACAUAGACAUGGGUCUGGAUGGGGUUGAAAUCUUCACUAACUCAUCUGCCAGCCACCACGAGCUCCGCAAGGCUGACCAGAGAGUAAACCUGGUCAGGUCGGCAACCACAAAGAGUGGAGGUAUCUACCUGUACGCCAACCAGAGGGGCUGUGAUGGAGACCGUGUCUACUAUGAUGGCUGUGCCAUGGUGGCCAUCAACGGAGACUUGGUGGCACAGGGAGCACAGUUCUCCCUCAAUGAUGUGGAGGUGAUUACAGCAACGGUCGACCUUGAGGAUGUGCGUAGCUACAGAGGAGAACUGUGUCAGCCUCUCAUGGAGAGUGAACAUAAACCUUGCCACAGGGUCAAAGUUGACUUCCCUUUAUCCACUUGUGAUGAUUUCUACCUGCCCACUCACCAACCAAUAAUGUGGCACUUUCAUACACCAGAGGAAGAGAUCAGUCUAGGGCCAGCCUGCUGGCUGUGGGACUACCUGAGGAGAAGUGGACAGGCUGGUUUCCUGCUGCCUCUGAGUGGAGGCGUCGACAGCUCCUCCACCGCCUGUCUUGUCCACUCGAUGUGUGUGCUGCUCUGCCAGGCUGUAGAGGACGGCAACACACAAGUCCUGAAAGACAUCCGCAGGGUGGUUGGGGAUGACUCGUACUUUCCCCAACAGGCAAAGGAGUUGUGUGGCCGCAUCUUUACCACCUGCUACAUGGCCAGCGAAAACUCCUCUGAGGACACACGCAACAGGGCCAAAGAGCUGGCCAGUCAGAUUGGCAGCUCACACAUGAAUAUUAAUAUAGACAUGGCAGUGAAAGGCAUUCUGGGUAUCUUCUCAGCGGUUACUGGGAGGUGGCCUCAGUUUCAUGCCAAUGGAGGAAGUCACAGAGAAAACCUGGCUCUGCAGAAUGUACAGGCCCGGGUCAGGAUGGUCCUGGCCUACCUGUUUGCUCAGCUGAGUCUGUGGGCCUCAGGUAGACCAGGGGGACUGCUGGUGCUGGGCUCAGCCAAUGUAGAUGAGAGUCUCACAGGGUACUUCACCAAGUAUGAUUGCUCCAGUGCUGACAUCAACCCAAUAGGAGGCAUCAGCAAGACAGAUCUGAAGGGUUUCCUGCUGUACUGUGCUGAGCAGUUCCAGCUCAGUGCUCUGAGAGGAAUCUUGGCUGCUCCACCCACAGCUGAACUGGAGCCACUCACAGAUGGACAGGUCUCACAGACAGACGAGGCAGACAUGGGGAUGACCUACUCUGAGUUAUCAGUGAUUGGGCGGCUGAGGAAGAUCUCCAAGUGUGGCCCCUUCAGUAUGUUCUGUAAACUCAUUCACAUGUGGAAGGAAGUGCUCUCACCUACAGAGGUGGCUCAGAAGGUGAAGCACUUCUUCUGGAUGUACUCAGUGAACCGCCACAAGAUGACCACGGUGACGCCGUCUUACCAUGCCGAGAGCUACAGUCCUGAUGACAACCGCUUUGACCUACGACCUUUCCUCUACAACACACACUGGACCUGGCAGUUCAGGUGCAUCGACACCCAGGUGUCCCAGAUGACAGCGAACACCUCAAAGCAAUAACACCUGAGGUUUUCAGAGCCCAGUUAAAAUCCAUCAGAACAUUCAGAUCAUUUAGUUUGUACCACUCACAGUAAAGUCGAACACUCUGUACUGUGAGCCAGGGGGCUGAGACUUGAUUUAAAAAAAAGAAAAAAAAGAAAAGAAAAGUCCUGCAGCCAUUUGUCUACAAACAUGCAACAAAAGUAAUCAACACACAGGAAAUGAAAGUAACCUGAUAUGAGAUCAAUACUAACUUAAAUCAAUAUUUUAUAUCAAAUAUAUUUGAAAGUCUGACCUGAUGUUGCCAAUGUGACUGAAGCCACUGCUGCUAGAGUCAAUGGCUUAUUUAUCCUGUAUGUGAUCUAUUAUAACAUCAGAAAAACUUUAAUUCAUUUGCUUGAUAGUUAUGAUACAAUAUUUACAGUUACACCUGAACGACUUUUGAUUUGCUUUAGUAUAAUCAUAAAAAUGUAUUUUGAAUAAAUAUUACAUAAAUAUAAAA